CCUGGCUCCGGCCGCCGUCGCCCGCCUGUGUCCGCCUCUGUCGCGCCGGGGCCUCGAGGAGCCGUUGGGGGGGUUCCGGGCCGAGGCCCGCUCGUGUGGAGGUCGUCGCCGCCGCCGCUGCCCGCUCGCUCGCCCGUCCGUCCGUCCUCCCUCCCGGCCGCCAUCAUGCUGGCGCUCAUCUCCCGCCUGCUGGACUGGUUCCGCUCGCUCUUCUGGAAGGAGGAGAUGGAGCUGACGCUCGUGGGGCUGCAGUACUCGGGCAAGACCACCUUCGUCAAUGUCAUCGCGUCAGGUCAGUUCAGUGAAGAUAUGAUACCUACAGUGGGCUUCAACAUGAGAAAAGUAACUAAAGGUAACGUCACAAUAAAGAUUUGGGACAUAGGAGGACAACCCCGCUUCCGGAGCAUGUGGGAACGGUACUGCAGAGGAGUCAAUGCUAUUGUUUACAUGAUAGAUGCUGCAGAUCGUGAAAAGAUAGAAGCCUCUCGAAAUGAACUACAUAAUCUUCUAGAUAAACCGCAGUUACAAGGAAUUCCAGUGUUAGUACUUGGAAACAAGAGAGAUCUUCCUAAUGCCUUGGAUGAGAAACAGCUAAUUGAAAAAAUGAAUCUGUCUGCUAUUCAGGAUAGAGAAAUUUGCUGCUAUUCAAUUUCUUGCAAAGAAAAGGAUAAUAUAGAUAUCACACUUCAGUGGCUUAUUCAACAUUCAAAAUCUAGAAGAAGCUGAAGCAUCUCCUGAAGUCUUCCAGUCCUUCCUGGCUCUAAUCCUAGAAUUAUUGUCCGUUCCUCUGAAGUACUUCCCAGAAUACGGUCCUUCCUAAACCCAAGAAAUUGCCUUUUUCAGAGUUUAUUUCUCAUGUGCACUGCUGAAGAUGUGUAUCCCUAAUCCUUCAUAAAGAAUCAGCUAGAGUUGUCAUGAUAAAGUCAACACACACAAAAAGACUUCUUAUACAUACUUGUCUUUAACAGUGUGUAGAGCUUUUUUUUUUUUAAAAACAAAACAAAACACACUUUGACCAUCUUAAAUCAAGAAAAAUUGCAUACUUCUGUUCUGGUCUUUCUGGGCCAGGUUUUUCUAUUGGUUUUCGGUAAAUGUCUAUCUAUGAUAUUUCAUUAUAGAGUCCAGUAGCUUAAUACUGAUACUGACUUGAUACAGCAUGAAGUUUCUAGUGCCACACACAGUAUUUAGCAAACCUUUAGCCUGACUCAUGUGGGAUAGAAACAUAAUGUUUAUAUAUCUCACAAAUGCAUGUGAAAUGUAUAAUUACACCUUAGGAAUUUUAAAAAAUGGUCUGCAAAGAGUGAGCAGAGGCACCAGAUCAAUGUUGUUAUUGGUUCUUUACACUGGGAAGAUCUUAGGCAAUGAAUUUUAAACACAUUCUGCUCUGUGAGAAUUUUUCAUCUCCAGAAAGCAGUUGGGGGUACAGGAGGAACUGAGGCAUACUGUUUUGUAUCUGUCCAGAUCAUUACUUCUAUAUUUUUUCUCCUUUUUUCUCUCCUGGUUCAACACACUUUUUUAAGGGGUUGGGAAUUAGAAGAUUUUCUCAAAAGCUUUCAUGAAUUUAGAGCAUUCCAGCCAAUAUAAUAAAACGUGUUAAGAAUGUCAGACUGUUCACACACCUGUUUGUUCUUUCUCUGUCCAGUUAUUAAACCAGUGUUGCUGCA